AGUUCUCGGCCGCCAUAUUGGAAUCGCGCCGUUUUUUCGUGUUUGUGUUGUUAAAAAAUUGAACUCCGUAUUGAAAAAAUUUUAUAGUGGUUUGUUUUCUUGACCCGUGCGUUGUUUACCUGUUGUCUGUGCAGUUAGAUUUAUGAAAAAGUCGAAUGGGCGCCACGCGCGGCGAUUUCGUGCAACACGGUUGAUGUGUCAGCCAUAAUUUUUAUGUCAUCCGUUUAAUAUUCUGUUACGCGGAGUAAUUUCGUGCACACCUCUACCGUGAAAUUCGUCCGUGACAGAAUCGGAUGCAACCUUCAAAAUACGUCCAACAUGUCUGACAUAAGACAACGUAAACACUUCUCCAAGGAAGAAACAUCUGUUGAAGAUAUAACAUCAAGUGAUGAUGAUACAAUGAAGCCUCACGCAGUACAAAUUGUCGUCGCCAAUUCAGAUCACACAUUUUCACUGGAUGAAGAAGCAUUAACUAAAGUUUUAUUAAGAGAUGAAAUCAAAGACAGAUAUGUUGUUGUAGUGUCAGUUGCUGGAGCUUUCCGUCAUGGCAAAUCAUUCUUAUUGGAUUUCUUUUUGCGCUACAUGAAUUCAAAGUAUGUGCUCAAGCAAAACACCUCACAAUGGUUGGGAGCAGAAGACACACCACUGGAGGGUUUCUCAUGGAGGGGUGGGUCGGAAAGGGACACCACAGGCAUCUUGAUGUGGUCAGAAGUUUUUCUUACUGAACUGAAGAGUGGGGAAAAAGUUGCAAUCCUUCUUCUGGACACACAGGGAACAUGGGAUAGUGAAAGUACUGUUAAAGAAUGUGCCACAAUUUUUGCCUUGAGCACCAUGAUUAGUUCUGUACAAAUAUACAAUCUAUCUAGCAAUAUUCAGGAGGAUGAUUUACAACAUUUGCAGUUGUUCACGGAGUAUGGACGUUUGGCACUCGAGGACUCCGGCCUCACACCCUUCCAAAGGCUACAAUUCUUGGUCAGAGAUUGGCGUUUCCCCUAUGAGGCUCCUUAUGGAGCCGAGGGUGGCCAACAGAUAUUGCAGAAGCGGCUCAAGGUGAACGAGAACACGCACCAGGAACUGAUCUCGCUGCGUAAACACAUCAGAUCCUGUUUCUCAGAAAUCGCCUGUUUCCUGAUGCCGCAUCCGGGCAUCAAGGUGGCCACCAGUCCUUCCUUUGACGGACGUCUCGGAGAAAUCGACGGCGAAUUUAUCGACAACUUGAAAGUUCUGGUGCCCAUGAUUCUGGCACCGGAAAAUCUCGUAUUGAAACGAAUCAACGGCGAUAAGGUCAAAGCUAAGGAUUUCGUUCAGUAUUGCAAGUCCUACAUGGAGAUCUACAAGGGCAACGAAUUACCUGAGCCGAAGUCUAUGCUUGUUGCCACUGCGGAAGCUAACAAUUUAUCAGCCGUCGCCGAUUCCAAGGAUAUGUACACGCAGCUGAUGGAAGACGUGUGUGGCGGCACCAAACCUUACUUGAGCGAAGACCUAUUGGAGCAAGAGCACAAGAAAUUCAAAGACAAGGCCCUAAACCAGUUCGAGAACAAGAAGAAAAUGGGCGGUGAACAGUUCAGUGCCAAAUACAAGGAACAACUGGAAAAAGAUAUCGACGACACAUUCCAGCAAUUCAAGGCACACAAUGAGGGAAAGAACAUUUUCAAAGCAGCUCGCACCCCUGGUGUGUUCUUUGGACUUUGUGUGUUGUGUUAUGUGCUCUCUGGAAUUAUGGGACUAUUGGGAAUUUACAGUUUGGCCAAUGUCUUCCAUUUAGGAAUGAUUGUGUGUUUAUUGACACUUGUCCUUUGGGCUUACAUAGGCUAUAGCGGAGAAAUGAGGGAUGUUGGAUGUUACUUAGAUGAAAUUGCCACGUUUAUUUGGGAAAAUUUACUGAAACAAGCCGUGCAAGAAAUUGCUUCAAAAACUCAAGUGCAGCAAAUGGCAGAACAGGUGGCAGAAAGAACUGUGUUAAAUGCCACCAUGCAUGCCGUUAACGGAAAGAAGACCGCAUGAGACCGUCAACAAACCCUUCUAGUCUGCCAUAAUUUUAGAGGUGAAAUACACCAUUUAUCGGCUCGCAAUGUUACAUAUAUCAUAUCAUGGAUAUCGUAUUAGAUUCCAGAACUUUUUACAAAAUUACUUGCUGUAAGACGGUGGAACGGGAUUAUUCGAUGUUUUGUUUUUGUUUAUAUACGUAUUUUAUUUCACUGUUCCACGUUAUAAUAUAAAAUUUUCCGUUCGUUAAACUGAUGCACUUCUUUUACAAUUUGCAUUAAGUAUUUGCAUAAAAAAUUUUGGAAAUCUAUUGUAAAUGUACUGUAUAUUUUGUAAAUUAAGGAUUGUUAUAUUAUAAAUUAUCUUGCCAAUACUUUUGAUAUUUGUACAAAUGUAUAUAUAUGUAACAUUGUUUUUUUAUAUAUUAUGUGAUAUCUUGGCAAUGUUGGUAUUAUAUAUAUAUAUAUCUAAUUUAUUUACCUAUAAUAAAUCAUUUUAUUUAUAUUUAUUCUAUUAUCGUGUUUUUCACUUAUGACAAGCUUUUUUAUAACGGAAUUUUUAAACUACAGCCCUUAAACGUCGCUUUAAGCUUGAAUAAAUUCAAAUUUUAGUAAUAAGAACGAAUAGCACAAAGAACGGUCCGUAGACACCCACAAUUGCAACAAUAUUAGGGUGUAUAAUUAGUUAUAACUUAUCAAAAUCUGUGAAACAACUUUACUUAACGUGUAUUUAUUUUAGGCUCUCAUUACUGUCAGUAACAACCUGUUGUUAUUAAAAUAUUUUUUAUAUUGUUGUGUAGGUUUAAAAUGACUGUAAACUGUUCUUUCCACUAUUAUUAACAAACGAGACCACACCGGACAAAACACGAGAUUCUCUGGAAAUCGUCGUAAUAUAUAUACAUGCUGAUUUAAUUGCGGAAUCUCUCUGUAAAUAUCAAAGAAAAGCUCAGAUUAAUUUAGGUAAUUUGAAUAGGUAGAAGCGUUUAAGUUUUUUGUUUCUCUAAAAUAAUAUAGUGGCAGCAUUUAUAAGCAACAAGCAAAUUCAAUUAUUUUAGUUGUGAAGUAAUUAGUACUGGCUUGACCCGACAAAUGCCUCUUGUACGUUCUAUGACCGAAAUUGCUUGUAGUUUGUGAGUGUAAGUUGUAAUAUAUUUAUAAAUACAAGUACUGACAUUGCAAUAUUAAUUAAAAAAAAAAACACCUAAGUGCCUCGAUAAUUCUUAGUUAGUUGAAUGUUAAUUACGUUGUUGUGGUCCUUUUUUAAAUCUAUUAUUUACAAAUUUUAAGUACAUUCUUUCUUUUUUCAAUUUUUUUAAUGUAUAGACUUAACUAACAAAUUGCGUGCAUUUUCUGCACCUGGAUUUUUAUAACUUUAGGUUAGAGAGUACAUAACUAGGUGUUGAUUAUGUCUAGUGUUACUUACUUAUGGAUAGUAAUAUUUUAUAAACAUUAAAAGGAUAAAGAGUAUCAUGUAAUAUACUUUUAAACAUUUAUCGUAUCUAGCCGUUUAAUAAUUAAAGAAAAGAAUGGAUUGGCAACAAUUGGUGGAUGUGCUCAGUUAUGUCGAAUUUAUGUAUUUUGGUUUUUGGAUAAUAAAUAAUUUUAUUUUUAAGUUAA